AUGGUAAGCAAUCCAGAAGUUGUGCACUCACCUCGAACUAAUUGGGCUAGGCUACGGCGGGACUUGUUGGACAUGAUUUUAGUCGUCAACAGUGUCUGGUAUGACUAUACCACCGGCUUCUCGGAUGACUUGGAUACCACCUCCGACGACUGGGAUCAUGUAGAUAGUGAUGCUGAUUGCCACGGCGUUGAGCCGGCCUUGUCUCCAUGGAUAUACAGCGGGCGAUGA